AGAAGCCCAGCAGCCCAGACAGUUGGUACCGUACAAGUUGUUUCCAUCUCCUUCCUGCUUGUUCCUUUGGCAAACUAGGUCAAUUAAAUUGUGCACCAAGAUGUCUCAUCUCCUGACAAGCAUCGCCACCAUCAUGGAUGUCUUCUACCAAUAUUGUGGCCAAGAUGAGGAGUGUGACACGAUGAGCCAGAGCGCAUUGAAGGAAUUUCUGGAAAAUGAGCUGCAGUUUAUUCUGAAGAAUCCAAGAGAUGCUGAUACUGUGGAUGUCUUCAUGCUUAAUAUGGAUCAAGAUCGUAACAAGAGAAUAGAUUUUACUGAGUUCCUGUUGAUGAUAUUCAAGCUGACAAUGGCAUUCAACAAAGCCUACAAGACAGAGUACUGCCACGGUCACCAUGAAGAUCAGACUGAAAGAGAAGAAGAGGAAGAAGAACAAAAAGGAGGUGAAUCAGACUCAAAUAAUUCAAGUUGGAAAAAUGAAAAAGGAUAUAGUAAAUCCAAAACCGGGCAAUCACAGGAAACACAGGAAGUCGGGCAUAGGUCUGGCUUGGGAGGGAGAGAGAGCGAAGGUUCUCUGUCAAGCUCACAGAAGAAGGUCUCAAAGAAAAUAAAUCCUGAGUCAAAUUCAAGCAAUUCAGGAAAGAGCAAAGAUAGUAAACAUAUAUCCCACUCAAGCAAACAGGGUGGGAGGAAACAGAAUUCAAGGACAAGCCCAUCCAGAGUUCAUGGAGGAAAAGAAUAUAACACUGACUCUGAAAACGCAAGUCAAGAGGGUGAGAAAAGAUAUAACUCCAAAAGGAGUCAAGAAGAUGGAUUUAAGAAACAAGAAAGCAAAUCUAGAGAAAACGUCCCAUUAGUGAGUUUUGAAGAACAAGAAGAAAUUCUCAGAAGCUUUCAGUCCUCAAGUACAGGGAAAUACAAUUCUGGCACCGGCUCUGGCUCUGGCUCUGACUCUGGCUCCAGGCAGUCCUCUGGAUCUGGCCAAUAUGGGUCACAUUCAGGUCAGUCAUCUACCAGAAGGGGACAUGGAUCUGGUUCACACCCCAAGAUAGGCAUUCCUUCCUCCAGCUCCGGGCAACAUGGCUCAGGCUUUGGCUCUGAAUAUGACUCAAAUCAGUCUUCUCUAAAGAAAGAGCAGGAAUCUUCCUAUGAGUAG